AUGGUCAUUUCAUUGGCUCGGUGUACGAGAAAAUCAGGAUUGAUUCUAUCUUUCAAUGAGAUUUUUUCACGUGCUUUACGUGGUACAUGUCUGAGUGAUAAGGACUUAUUCCUGUCGUGUGCUACAUCUCAAUUGUUGGCAUCUUCUCGACAUUACGCAGCUGUGGGGUCCAAAAUUAUUCCUGAUAAAGAGGACAAAAGUUUCAUUGACUUUAAUGCAGAAAAGUUGUGUAGCCAUGACAAAUUUGUAGAAAAAUGUUUGAGUCAUAGAUUUUAUCAAAAUGUUGUUACAGGUGGUGAGGAUCCAAAAAUUUUACCGGAUUCUGAAUAUCCUUCCUGGCUUUUUGAGUUAAAAUUAGAGCGAAAAAAAGAAUUAGAAGAUUUGGAUCCUGAAGUUGACGGUUGGCUUUAUUGGAGAGAAUAUAGAUUGAGACAACUGCGUCAAAUUCAUCGUAUCGAGAAACUCAAACCAAAAUUUAUCAAUUUACAGAAUUCACCAACAAUGUGGAGAAGUGGUUAUCGAGGAAAAAAGACUUCACUCUACCAAAUAUAA